AUGUAUAUUCUUAUUACUUUUCUGUUGCUUGCUACUUGCAAUCUAUCUACAUCAAUAGGAAUUUAUAACAAAGAAAAUAGUAGACUACAAGGAGGUUUUCAAAGUGAUGAAUUCUUCCAGAAAAUAAGAGAUUGGUUUGCAAAUAUAAGGAAUAGAAUUCAUGAUCGACUAUUUCCAUCAACAAUUACAACACCACCUCCAUUGUCAGCAGAAAUAUUGAAUUUUGACCAAUUUGAAUUACAGAACAUAUUAAAAAAUCGUGAAUGGCUUCCAUUAGAUUUAUCUGCUUUGCCUUUUAAUCCUAAUCAAGAUUGGGGAUUUCGUGUUGGCAAUUGGUACUUCAUUCAGAAAGGAUUUAGAAAUCAAAAUGGAUUUGACAAUAAUUUUGAUCAAACGGAUUUCCAACUCCCGAAUAACAUUCAACCAAAAAACUCAGCUGAGGUAGAGAGUGAAGAGACUUUUAACGUUGUGAAAGACUCAGGAACUACAAAAUCUAUAUUAACCACCUCAACUACAACCAUAUUGUCUAUGAAUAAUGUAACACCUACAGUAACGCAAAAAGUAGAUCCGCAAACUACUACUGAGCAGACUGAUUCACAUGAAUAUUCUUCACCGAAAACAGACGAACAAAUGGAGGAUAAUGAAACCGAUAAUGAUUUUAUUCGUAAAGGAUCCGCCGAAGUUUUAAUGGGAUGA